AUGCGUUCCAUUUACCUAUUUUUGUCUGUGGCAGCCCCAUUGGCCUCGGCCUUUGUCAUUCCCGAUGAGAACAUCCUUACGGAGAUAAUUUCUGAGCCUCGCCCGGCCCCGAAUGAUCAGGUGUCCAAAGUAGAUGUUGAGAUGAGCCUGCUGGGUAUCUCUCCGGAUAAACAUAGAGAACGGGGAAGAGGUGGGGGCUGGCAUGAUGGCGAUGAAUGCCCCGAGCACGGUGGCUGGCCCGAACAUGGGGGAUGGGGAAGACAUGGAGGCUGGCCUGAUGACGACUGUCCUGGGCAUGGCGAUUGGCCAGGAUAUGAGGAAGAUCCGCACGGGAGAUGGCCUGGAGACGACGAAUGCGAAUGCCCCGGGCAUGGAAGAAAACCGGGACACGGAGGAUGGCCUGGACAUGGAGAUAAUGGCGAAGACAGAUACCGACGAAUCGACGCCUGCCCAGGUCCGCUCUGCCGUGAAGACAAAACAACAUGGGAGCUCAUCAAAGAAAGCGAGCAUACAUCACGACUAGCCGACCUCCUCGCUGGCAAUAAAGACCUAAUCGAGAUUCUUAACAGCACGACAGCAAAUCACACCUUCUUCGCGCUGACGAACCAUGCUCUGGAAGGACUUUCACGAGGGCGAAAUGGCCUCAAUCCCAAGUUCAUCUCCAGCUUGCUACGGUAUCAUAUCCUACCUGGUCGAUUGUCCAUCCACCAUAUCGCGGGCCACCAGACGUUACCAACGAAGUUGAAAGAGCCGGCUCUGGAAUCGCAGCUGCCACAGAGGAUUGUUGUCCGAGAGCAUCGCGAUGGAGUGAUGUUGAAUCGCAGGAGUAGGGUUGUGGGAGCUGAUAUGAAAACCAAAAACGGCAUAAUUCACAUAAUAACCAGUCCCCUGCAUCCACCACCGGAGACACGCACAAUGCUUCAUCACGCAGCGCACUUCAAUACCUUCACGAUGGCGCUAGCACGCACUAAAUUCGCCUAUAGCCUUGACCCGGCUCAGCGACAGGGCGGCACGACAUUCGUGCCUACGAACGCUGCCUUUAGACGGCUUGGUGAGCAUGUUAAUCGAUUUCUAUUUUCAGAAAAGGGUGAAGGGUGUUUGCGUGCGUUGAUGCAGUAUCAUAUUGUGCCUAAUCGCACGCUGUACUCGGAUAUGUUGUAUAGUCGUAAUGGGAAGGCCCAUGGAUUAUUCUCUAGCCAUGGGAACGGACAUGGGCAUGAGCAUGAGGGUGAGUGUGUGGGUGGGCCAGAGGAAGACUCUGCCAAUGUGCGGCUUCUGACUUUGUUGAAGGAGAGGCAUCUGGAGAUUGAUGUUAAGAGGGGAUUUGGUGAGGUUGAUAUGAGGGUUAAUGGGUUCGGUAGGGUUGGACGAUUGGAUUUGUUGGCAAGCGACGGGGUGGUGCAUGUUUUGGACCGAGUCUUGGUUCCACCGAGGAAGAUUCAGGACAACGUUAUGUUUGAAAGCGAAUACGGAGAACUGAUGAUUGAGGACCUUGUGGAGAGGUUGGAUGGUUGUGUCUAUGGGGUGACUCGAGGUGAACUGUGA